GGGAGGGGAGGAAGGCAGGGAGGGGUCGUGGGGAGGUGUGCCCGCCUCACGGAGCUCUGUUCUCGGCUUUGCGACGCCGCUUGCGCGCAACGGAGACUCCGCGCAAAGUUUCCUCGAUGGCGCUGGUGAUGGAGCCGGUGAGCAAAUGGAGCACGAGCCAGGUGGUGGACUGGAUGAAAGGUCUGGACGACUGUCUGCAGCAGUACGUGUGUGUGUUUGAGCGCGGAGGGGUGUGUGGGGAGCGGCUGCUGAGGAUCAGCCACGCCGAGCUGGAGGAACUGGGAGUUUCUCGCAUCGGACACCAGGAGCUCAUCCUGGAGGCCGUGGACUUGCUCUGCGCUCUGAACUCGGGUCUGGAGACGGAGAGCGUCAGGACUCUGGCUCACAAACUCGGCGCCUCGGCCAAAAACCUGCAGAACUUCAUCUCCGGUCGCCGCAGAAGCAGCCAAUCGGAGAGCAGGUCCUCGCGGCGGCUGCCCAACGAUCUGCUGACCUCUGUGGUCGACCUCAUCACCGCCGCCAAGAGCCUGCUCGCCUGGCUGGACAGGUCUCCGUUUGCUGCAGUGGCAGACUACUCAGUAACCCGAAAUAAUGUCAUUCAGCUCUGCCUGGAGCUCACCACCAUUGUACAGCAGGACUGUACCGUGUUUGAGACGGAGAACAAAAUCCUUCAUGUGUGUAAGACCCUGUCCGAGGUGUGUGAGCACAUCGUGUGUGUGUCAUCAGACCCUCUGGUUUCCCAGUCGGCUCAUCUGGAGCUGGUUCACCUCACCAACAUCAAACCCUCCGAAGGACUGGGAAUGUACAUCAAGUCGACCUACGACGGCCUCCACGUGAUCACAGGAACCACUGAAGGGUCUCCAGCCGACCGCUGUAAGAAGAUCCAUGCAGGAGAUGAAGUCAUUCAAGUCAAUCACCAGACUGUGAUCAAGAUAUUUCCCACUGUCCCCUCCCAUCCACAGGUGGGCUGGCAGUUGCGUAACCUGGUCGGCUCGCUGAGGUCCGAUAAAGGCGUCGUGUCCCUGACCCUGAAGAAGCGUCCGCAGAGCACGCUCAGCUCCGCCCCCGCGCUGCUGAAGAACAUGCGCUGGAAACCCCUGGCUCUUCAGCCAACCAGAAGUCCAGGCAGCGGCUCCGGCACACCCUCAGGCACCCCCACCAAGACCUCUGCCCUCCACGACCUCUACAUCCCUCCCCCGCCCGCUGAGCCGUACACACCCAGAGAUGAGACGGGAGCCUUGUCUGGAGAUGAGGCCUCUCGUAACCAUGGCGUUGUCAGCCUCGCUAAACGCUCAGAGUCACCGAACUCCUUCCUGGACCAAGAGUCUCACCGGCGAGAAGAGGAGGAGCCUGUGUACUGCACCACGCCCACAUAUGGCAGGCUGAGGCCCAUCUCCAUGCCUGUGGAGUGUAACUGGGUGGGCGACUAUGAAGACCCAGCCAAGCUCAACAGAGAAAGUCGCAGAGAGGCGUCACUCAUGCGCUACGUGGGGCCGCCCGGUGCUGAGGAGAGGACCGGCUCCGACGACUACUCCUCCCACACGGCUCGUCCGGGUAAACGGACCAAUGAUACGACCAAACGCGCCAAGAGGCGAAGCCACCACAGCCAAAGCCCCUCCCACUAUGUCCUGCAGACAAAUCAGAGGGAUUCUCCGCCCAAAGACCCCGCCUCCAUCUAUCACACAUACCAGCAGUCUUCCUCUCUGCAGUCAAAGACCAGGAAGAAGAAUAAAGGACGAGGUUUGGCCUCCCUGAGCCGGAGGCGUGUUUCCUGCAAGGCGCUGGGCAGAGGAGACUGCGAGGGCUGGCUGUGGAGAAAGAGAGACGCCAAGGGUUACUUUUCCCAGAAGUGGAAGAAGUACUGGUUUGUUCUGAAGGACAACUGCCUGUACUGGUACAUCAACGAGGAGGAUGAGAAGGCCGAGGGGUUUGUGAGUCUUCCAGAGUUCAAGAUCGACCGAGCCAGUGAAUGUCGCAAGAAAUAUGCUUUCAAAGCGUGUCACCCCAAGGUCAAGAGUUUCUACUUUGCAGCAGAUGGAGUGGAUGACAUGAACAGAUGGCUGAGUCGUCUCAACAUGGCCGCUGUGGGCUACGCUGAGCGCGAGAGGAUGCGUCAGGAGCAGGCAGAUUACUGGAGUGAGAGCGAGCAUGAGGAGGACACCACCUCCAGCCCCAAGCAGGACAGUCCCCCACCUCCGUAUGAUACCUACCCACGGCCUCCAUCAAUGAGUGCCUACUUGGAAGGCCGAACCACUCGACUCUCUUCCACGGAGACGUCUCGCUCACGCUCCUCUCAGGAGGAUUUCUUGUGUGGCGAUCCACCCGCCGUGGCCGCCGAGCCGCAGUACCACCCUGGUCCCCUGGGGGGAGGCACCACGCACAGCGGGAGAAAACCAGGGGGCAGCAGCAGCAGCGACGUGCAGUACAGAUGUGAUCCUGUAGAGUACCGUUCCAGUCCUGCAGGGGGCAGCAGCGAGACGGGCUCCCCGGGCCGCUCGUCGUCGUCUCAGAGACGUUCUUGGCAGGACCUGAUUGAGACGCCGCUGACCGAGGCCGGACUGCACUACUUACAAACCGGACCAUUAGAGGACGCAGUGUUUGCUGAGCCCGGUCCUGGAGGUGGGACGAUGACGGCCGGAGCCGUUUACACUCUCCCCGCACAGAGGAAUGUCCCGUUGCCCAUGGCGAUGCAGAGGCUGAUCCCUAUGGCAACCCAGGGAGGGAAACCCCGCAGCUUCACGCUGCCAAGAGACAGCAACCUACACACACUCCUCACGCCUCCUGCGAAAGAAGUGCAGCAAACGUACAAUGGUGGCAGUGAAGGUGCGUCCCUCGGCGACCUGUUCCGGGCCUGCGAGCAGGGCGGCGUUUGCCCUUUAGGUCGCGGGUCGGAGGCCAAAGGUCAGUCGGAGUUCAGGCAGUCGUUCCUCAGACGGGCCGCCGACCCUCAGCUCAACGAUCGCCUGCAUCGCCUGCGGAUCCUGACCUCCACGCUCAAGGACAGGGAGGGGGAGCUAGCGUUGAUUGACAGGCUGUUGGCCAAUCCCCAGCUGUCGUCGGCUGAGUUCCAGGAGUGGAAGAGAGCCUAUCAGGAGCUGUUCUCUCCAGAGCCAAACCCCGCCGCUGAAUCAGACCCCGGCCCGCCACUGACCCCCUCGCUCUCUCACACACACUCCUACAUCGAGACCCAUGUCUGACCUGUAACACACACACAGACACACACACAUGCACACACAGAACCGCACGCACGACGACUUAAACUCCUCAUUUCCCAAUUCUGGAACGAGUUGAACGAGCUGCAGCCGACGUUUCGAUCAGCGAACGACGCAGAAAGCGACGGACUGUUUCUAAAGAGGGACGUAAGGACGACUUGAUUCAGGACUCGAUGGCUUUCUGCAGCCGCGGCGUUCAAGUGCAAUAGGACAGUUUUCUGGGAAGACGCCGUCAUGUCAACGAGCUGAUUGGUUGAACCACUGCAGCGGCUCUAAAGCAUUAAGUGUUUGCUUCUGCGCUCUUUACGCUAAAACCCAUGGAUAUAAGGGAUUGACUCAACUUUCUCUGGACGAUGUUUGUCUGCUCGUUCCUUUUUGACGGGGACAGAUUUCAGAGCCGCGUGUCCAUGAGCUGCCAUCACAGUGUUUCAUUCUGCUUCUUGUGCCAUUAUGACUGUGGUCGAAUCGCCUCAUACAUGGUUUCCCAUCAUGCCUUAAGCCGCGUUGUCUGCCUGCGUUUCCACCGUGUUCCAAAGACCAAAUUAUCCUGCUGAUGUAUGUAAAAACCGACAGCUACGACAAGCUGUUCAAUUCCAGUCCACCAGGUGGCGAUAAUGCAUAAAAUUGUCCGAUGAUGAUGACGCUAUAUAAAUCAAGCGACAACAAACUCGGAUGAGAUUCAUAUGAUUGGAAAAAAAGAGGAAAACGAGUAACAAAAUGUAUUCUGGACUUACGGAAAGGAAACUGAUUUUAUGAGUUACUGCGGAAAUAGUUGAGUAUUCCACGUUUUUUUUCCCCUGAACUAAAUUUGGACCCUGGUCCCUGCGGUGGAGACGAAGGGGUUCAAACAAAGGAUCCUAGUUCUCGGGGAAACUUCCUGAGGUGGAAACGCAGCUUCACACUUGAUGUCUGUGACGAUACUUUUCUGUAGAGUGACAAUUACAGCAGAGAACAAUGGGCAUGGUUCAUUGUUUUAAAAAAAAAAAAUCUGCUUUGAAUUAGUUUCUAUCUAGUUUUAGAGACUUGUUCUGGUUUGGUAGAGAUUCGUUCUGUGCUCGGCUGGACCUGGAGCAUGCACACUCGAUAGGAAACAUUUAGAGGAACAAUCCACCCUCAGAACUCUUUAACACUGGUUAUGUUGCAUUCAGGAGUGUUGGUUGUUUUGAU